AUGGGUUCCCACUGUGCCAAGCUCAGCACGGGCCACAGCCGGGGCCAUGAAUCCUCCAUGAAGAAGCUCGUGGCCUGCGUGAGUCAGGAUAACUUCUUGUCUUCGGAGGGGGAGGAGGAGGAGGAGGAGGGAGAGGCAGAGGAGCUCCCGGUGCAGGGCAAGCUGCUGCUGUUGGAGCCUGAGUGGCAGGAGGAAGGCGCCAAAGACGACGACUCUGUGGCCCAGCAGAACCCCAAGCCCAAGCAGAUGCAGUCCUGA